AUGGCAUACUCAUUAACUACCUCCUUCUUAGGAGAAUCUCUCAUCUCUGGUUUCGACUGGUUCAAUGGCCGUGAUCUUUCGAAUGGAUUCGUACAAUAUCAGGACCUGGAGGGUGCCGAACAAUAUGGCUUAUACUCCGUGGAUCCUUUUAGUAAUACUGUUCGACUUAGACCCGACUCCGCUCGGAAAUUUGAUCUGGACCAAGGAAGACCCAGUAUUCGACUUGAAAGCAAGGAGUCCUACCAGUAUGGAUUAUUCAUCGCAGAUUUCCAACACAUACCUAUUUCACAAUGUGGUACUUGGCCAGCCUUCUGGGCAUAUGGUGCCAACUGGCCCAACAAUGGCGAAGUUGAUAUCCUCGAGGGCGCCAACUUGGCUUACACUAACAUCAUGUCUGCCCACACGGCAGAUGGCUGCAUGCUAGACCCCGCAGACUCGAAUCUCUUCUCUGGAAACCCCCAGAGCUUAGACUGUGCUGUUGGUACAGACAAUGUUGGGUGUGGCUUCACACCGCCCGCCAGUGACACUUCCUCUUAUGGUGAUGGCUUCAACGCUGUUGGCGGUGGUGUGUAUGCUAUGGAGUGGGACUCCGAGUACAUCUCGAUCUGGCACUUCCCACGAGGCGCAAUUCCGGCUGAUAUCGAAGCCAAACGACCUGAUCCUAGGAAAUGGGGACUUCCUCAGAGUUUGUUUGGGGGUUCAAAGUGCAAUGUUGACCAAUAUUUCAAUGAUAUGAGGAUUGUCCUGAAUAUUAACUUUUGCGGCGAUUAUGGCGAGGGAACCUGGGGAAGUUCUGAAACUUGUCGAGCUCUCGCCCCAACUUGUCGUGAAUAUGUUGCGAACAACCCUCUGGAUUUCCAAGACGCCUAUUUUGAUGUUAGCUACAUCGAUGUCUACACUCGCCUGGGAGGAGACGCCCCGCCUGUUGUCCCAUCAUCAACCGGUGAAGCACCUACCGAGAUCUCUAUCCCUUCAGCUAGCACUCCUGGCCCCAACACUUCAAUCUCAGGAAAUACUAGAUUCCCAAACAGCACCGCCAUCGUCACUCGUCCUCAGCCCAAGGAAGACGAAUCCAUAACAGCAGAGCCAACAACUACAACUACAUUGACAGGCAUAUCUUCUGUCGAGGUGACUAUUCCUGGCUCUGGAACCAACAGUGCAACCGUUAGCUCUCUUCCUGUUGCUACAGGUGGAAGCUCAGUCAACCCAGCUAAGAUUGAUGAUUAUGCAUAUCUUGGUUGUUUCGGAUCGCAGACUGGUUUCCAGACUUUCAAUGAGAAAGCUGAGAGCGAUGACAUGACUAUUGAGAAGUGCAUUGAAGCUUGUAACGGCCUGACUUAUAUCGGUCUCUUUGAAGGAACCUGCUAUUGCGCCUCCAAACUUGACGCCGAUACCCGUGCUUUACGCAACGAGUCUUCAUGCAAUCGCCCUUGUCCUGGAGACGACGAUCAAUUCUGUGGUGGUAUGGUCUCUCGAAGGUCCAAACGAAGCAUUCCUCUUCGCCGAGACGCCCCCAACAACAUCCUACUCACAGUCUAUGCCGACACCAGCGACGCUGGACAGCCUGAUGUCCCACCUGGCAUGGGCCCUGGUGUUAAUGGAACUGCCGCUGGCGGCUCAUCAAGUCCAACUGGUGGAAGUGGUCAAGGCAGCUCGCCUGCGGACGGAGUAGAUGGCUCGACUGGAUCAGAGAGCCAAGCAGGAGAUUCUGCUCGAGAAACUGCGAAUGGACAAGCUGGCUCAGGUGAUGACUCGCCUGCGGCUACUAAUAACGGAGUGAUUGUCGACACUGCUACAGUCACCGACGUUGUAGCUGGCACUGAUGCGGACGCUGUGGUUUUCAGCACUUGGUCUGGCGGCGAGGUUAUCGAAGCAACACAGGCCAUCCCCGACACAGUUGUCACAAGCACGAUCACUUUCUUCACAGUGCUUCCAACGAACUCUGGAUCACUUGUACCUCAAGAAAGUAUCGUUACCAUGAGCUACUCUCUGUGUGACUACUGCGACACUCCCACCUUGAUUCAGCCAGCAAUGGCUACCAAGGUCGUUGAAUGCGACGGCUGUGGCAUAAAUGGUGAAAACACAGUCACAUUGACUGUGCCCGUCCAUGUCACCGUCACCGUCACUGGUGCUGGUACCAAUGCAACCCAGGCAACCGGCAAUGCGGCUGCAGGAGUCUUCCCAGAUCAGACACGAGAGAUUCCUCCUAUUGUGCCAACCGGAAUGGGAAGCAAUGCAGACGCUGGCCCUGAAGUAACGACGAUCGUGAUAACAUACUUGACAACCCAGCUGGUCACAUAUGGCACGGAAACGAACUCCGUCUCUACCGAGACAAGAACCUUGCGACGGACGGUUGUCCUUACUGUGUCGGACAUUGAGACGAUGAGUAUUCUGCCUGUACCGUCUCCUGGAAGGCCGAACACACCGAUUUCCCAUGCUACACCAACACCGGGCGCAUCGGGUGCGCCGGCCGUGGUCUCAAGUGCAUCAUCGAGAGUCGAUGAUUUCUUUGUUUACUUCGCGAUUGUGGCCAUGGCAAUUCUGGCCUUGUCUCUUUAG